AUGGCCUCUGCGAAGUCGGCAGGAGGGGAGAACGCCGGGGGAGCAGCUUCGGAGAACCUUCCAGGACUCAAGGCUGGCAAAGGCGCGGGGGGAGGGGGAUCGCAGAGCGGAAGCGGCACUGGGGGAACGGGCGGAGCUCAUGGGGGAGGGGGAGUGGGAGGGACAGGGGCAGGGGGAGGCGGAGGAGGGCUGGGGGGAAGCGGAACAGGAACCGGCGGGUUUUCCAGCGGAGGCGCUGGUAUGGGGGGGGGCAUCGGCGGAAGCAGCAGCAACACUGGUGGUGGCAUGGGCGGUGGCAGCAUAGGCAGCAUAAGUCCCAUGCCUGGUGGCGGGAAUAUCAAUAGCAUUAGCAAUAGCAGUAUGAGUGGUGGCGGUAAGAUGGCGAAUGGCUUAGGUGGCGCAGGUGGGGGGAGUGGCGGUGGUGGGGGGAGUGGCGCAAGUGGCGCAGGUGCGGGGUCUGGCGGGGGUGGCGGAAGUAGCUCACAAUCGCUUGGCGCGCAGCCGUCGUUGCUAAGCAAUGGCGCGGCGCCGGGGGGGAGCUUCGAGGCGGAGAGAUUAAGGACGUACCGCCAGUGGUUCCACGAGCUGGACGCGCAGCGCAGCGAGUUAAUCUCCUCCGGCACCAAAGGCCCGGUUCUUAAGCUAUUGGAGUGCGAGAUCCGCUGUCUGGAGGAGCUGGUGAUGCUGGGCACCAAGCUCGGCGCGCUGUGCUGCUCGCCCAUAGGCGCGGACGCCACCAGGCUCUCUGCCCCGGCUGCCACUGCCAUCCCCGGCAAGCCCCGCCUAGGUGGUGGGGUGGACUCCUGGCCAUCAGAUGAUCCCCUAUCUCCAGUGGACGGCCUAGAUCUCUCGCUGGUCACGGACAUGCUGCUCCUCUCUGCCACGUCACCAUGGACUGUCUACGUGGCAGAUAGGACAAAUUGGCGGCUGUGCUACGUGUCUCCCAGUGUGCGCGCCACGCUAGGGUGGCGCCAGGCAGAGCUGGUGGGAGAGCAUGCCUUUGCAGCGUGCCAUGCAGACGACCUGCCACGCAUCCAGCGCAUGAUAGACGACCGCCGCUUGACAGAAGACCGCCGCUUGCUAGACGACCGCCGGUCGCCGCCCCUCUCCCUCACGCCGCCCACCGCCUCUGCUGCUUCACGUCUGUUCCGAUCCGGGUCGGCUGGGAGUUCCAGAGGGGUGGGCGUUGGGGAUUCGCUGGGUAGCAGCCCGGGCGGCAGUGCGGGCGGCCAGUGCGUCUUUUAUCGGCGGUUGCGGCGGAACAGGAGCUACGCGACGGUGCAGGCCACUGGGAGGGCUCUGGGCGCGAGGUGGUUUGCAUGGAUCGAGUUUGUCACUGACGACUCCUCAGCCCCUCUGUCGUUGGACAACUGGUCAUCCGAUCUCACCAUGUCCCCGUCCACGCUGCUCUCCCCCAUGGAGUCCCCCUCCAGCCCCCACACCAUCGCCGCCGCCCUCAAGCGCCGCCCGGGCGGCAUGGGCGGCAGCAGCCUAAGCGCGGGCGGCUUAAGUGCCGGCGGCUUGAGUGGGGGAGGUUUAAGCGGGGGAGGUUUAGGCGGGGGAGGUUUGAGCGGGGGAAGUCUAAGUGUGGGUGGUUUGAGUGGCGGUGGUUUAAGUGGCGGAGGGUUGGGCGGUGGGACUUUAAGUACUGGUGGUUUGGAAUUCAGAAGGAAGCUUGAGACCAUGCGCCUGGACCUAGCUGGAGGAGGCGCUGGGAAGAACUGGGGUGGGGGGGGAGGAGGGGGCGGGGGAGGGGGCGGAGGAGGGGGAGGGGCGGGGGGAGGCGCAGGGGGAGGGGGGAGCGGAGGGGAGGGCGUGGGGGGGCGGAAGGGGGAGAAGGCGUGGGGGCAGCACCUGGGGACGGUGAAGGAGGGGAAUGAGGAGAAGGGGGCGUAUGCUCGGCGGCUGUUGAACAACCUGUGGGAAUACAAUAGUGAGAUGGACGGGCUUUCCAAGGAGUCCAGCCAGCAGAACAGUCUGGACUCCAACGAGGAGGUGCAGCAGAUUGUGAAGAUGCGAGUUGAGAUGGAGCGACAGGCAUCAGCAGCAGCAGCAUCAGCCUCCCACGGCUCCUCCACCCGCCUUGGCAUGGGCAUGGGCAUGGGCAUGGGCGUGGGGAUGGGCAUGGGCGGGAUGGGCAUGGGGAUGGGCGGAAUGGGCAUGGGGAAGGGGUUAUCUGGUGUAGGUGCCACUGCUUCCUCCUCCUCCUCUGCCUCUGCUGCUGCACGUCGCGCUGCUGUUUUGGAUCGGGCUAUGGGGGGAAGUGGAGGGCUGGAUGGGAGGGGGAUGGAGGGGCGAGGGGUGGAUUUACGGGACGGGAGGGGCGGUGCGGGAGGAGGGUCGGGGUCGUUUUUUGACACGGGGCAGAAGGUGAAGAAGAAAGCAGGAUCGGGUGCAGGUUCGGGCGUUGGUUCGGUGCUGGACGGACCUACAGCAGAAACGCUUCGGAAAGUGUUAGAUGAUGACGAUGAUGAGGAGGAGGAGGAUGAGGAAGAGGAAGAGGAAGAGGAGGAAGAGGAGGGGGAGGAUGAGGAGGAAGAAGGGGACGAGGAUGAGGACGAUAGGGGGAGCGCAGGCGGGCCCACCAAGACCCUCUUUCUUGAAGCCAAUGGCGCUUCCUCUGCCGGUUUUGGCCUCUCCCUCUCCCCUCGAGGCGGCGACCGAGCAGCACGAGGAGGAGAGAGAGGGGGGGAUAGAGGAGGAGGGGCAGCAGCGGGCGGCGGAGUGGGCGGCGGAGUGCUGACGGUGUCCAAGCCAUGGAGCCCGCUGCCUCUGACGGCGUCCACCCAGCUGGGGGGAGCGCGGGGAGCCAAGUCGUUCACGGGGGGGUCGGCGUUCCUGGAGUCGCUUCCUGAGGAGGACAAGAAGCUUAUUCGCGGCUUCAAGGUGCUGGUAGUUGAAGACGACAUAGUCAACUGCACCAUCAGCCGCCAACUUCUCGAACUCCUCUCUUGUCGCGUCACGCUCACACGCAACGGCCGUGACGCUCUUGACCUCAUGCGGGGCGGCACCGACCUGGAGCUGCAGGCGCAGGAGGCAGCAGUGGCGGCCGCAGGGGGCGCAGAGGAGGGCGCAGAGGUGGCCCCGCAGUUUGACCUGGUGCUGAUGGACCUGAACAUGCCUGUCAUGGAUGGGAUCAAGGCAGUCGAGCAGUUCCGAGAGUGGGAGGAGCUGGCAGAGCCGCGACGGCAGGCCACGCUCAUAUUCGCCGUCACUGCCAAUGUCUCAGAUGGCAACAUGGUGAAAUGCGCGCAGAAGGGCUUUGACGAGUUCCUGAGCAAGCCGCUGACGCCUGAGAAGCUGCUGAACCGCCUGCGCGAGGUGUGCCGGCGGCAAACCAUCCACCGUGCUCUCUGA